GAGCAAAUUUUAAUUAAUUGUUGGUGAGUUACACACAAUGGAAGAGGAGUCUAAGGAGAAAAGGGACACUAAGGGGGAGCCACGGUAUAGAGGAGUGCGGCGGCGGCCGUGGGGGAAGUUUGCGGCCGAAAUCCGGGACCCGGCCCGGCACGGAGCCCGAGUUUGGCUGGGGACAUUUCUCACGGCAGAGGAGGCUGCAAGGGCUUAUGACCGAGCUGCCUAUGAGAUGAGGGGUGCUUUAGCUGUUCUCAAUUUUCCAAAUGAGUAUCCUUCAUGCUCUUCUAUGAGCUCAUCUUCAACAUUAGCACCUUCUUCUUCAUCUUCAAAUUCAAUGCUUAAAAAUGAUCAUGGUAAACAAGUUAUUGAGUUCGAGUGCUUGGAUGACAAAUUGUUAGAGGACCUUCUUGAUUGUGAUGACUAUGCCUACGAGAAAGACUUGCCUAAGAACUGAACAUUUGAAUGUUAGUUCAAUUUCAAAGCAUACCUAUGUAUAGUAAGGUAAAUGUCUUCAUAUAUGAUAUGAUUUCCUUUUAGGCAGCCCCUUUAUGGUUUAUAAGUUAAGAAUGACAUGGUUGAACCAUUUAGUUUGAUCGAUGUCUCCAAAUAAAUAGGAAUGACAUAAGAAUAUAUAAGAAUAACUAUUUAAAUUUGU